GUGUCUGACCCAGUCAUGGUUUGGUUUGAAGUGUCUUUAUCUCAGCUGAUCAAAGUGGAUGAAGUGAAUCAGAUUAUGGAGACUAAUUUAUGGCUGAAGCAUAUUUGGAAUGAUUACAAACUCAGGUGGGAUCCAGAGAAGUAUGGUGGCGUGCAAUAUGUCCGAGUGCCAUCAAAUAGGAUCUGGAAGCCCGAUAUCAUGUUAUAUAACAAUGCGAUUGGAGACUUCCAGGUGGAUGACAAAACGAAAGCCGUGCUCAAUUACACUGGAAACGUCACAUGGAUGCCUCCGGCCAUAUUUAAGAGCUCGUGUAAAAUAGACGUGACCUACUUCCCCUUUGACUACCAGAACUGCACCUUGAAGUUUGGCUCUUGGACCCACGAUAAAACUCAUAUCGACUUAGUGCUCGUUAGUUCCACCAUGAACCUCAGGGAUUACUGGGAAAGUGGAGAGUGGGCCAUUAUCAAAGCCCCCGGGCGUUAUCAAGUCAUCGACUACAACUGCUGUGAUGCCGAGUACCCAUCUAUCACCUACUCUUUGUACAUGAGGCGUCUGCCCUUGUUUUAUACCAUCAACAUGAUCAUUCCGUGCAUUCUGAUUUCCUUCUUGACUGUGCUGGUGUUCUACCUUCCAUCGGACUGCGGCGAGAAAAUAACUCUAUGCAUAUCGGUCCUCUUAUCCUUGACCGUUUUCCUCCUGGUCAUAACGGAGACCAUUCCGUCCACGUCACUGGUGAUUCCGUUGAUUGGAGAGUACCUCCUCUUCACCAUGUUGUUUGUCACUCUUUCCAUCGCCAUCACUGUCUUUGUACUCAACGUCCACUACAGAACUCCCAGGACACACACCAUGCCGGAGUGGGUGAAGGUGGUUUUCCUCAAAUUUCUCCCCCGCAUCAUGUUCAUGGCACAGCCCCACAGCAACAAAGAUGAGGGCAGACCCGAGAAAGCGAAGCCUUCUUCCCAUGCAGAGCUGACGCCUUUGAACUUCAUCCAUAUGCCUGACAGCAGUCAAGACUGCUUCUCAUGCCAAGGGUUUACACAUGCGUGUUGCCUGCACGAACACAAAACAUACUCGAAGGCUGCCCCUGGCAACUUGAUGCAGAGCUCCAGUUCUGAGUCCAUGGAAGCGUUGUUUCCAUCUUCAUUUAUAUCGCCAGAAAUGAGAGAUGUGAUGGACAGUGUCAAAUACAUCGCCGAAAACAUGAAACUGCAGAAUAAAGCCAAGGAGACUCAAGAUGACUGGAAAUACGUUGCCAUGGUAAUUGAUCGUAUUUUCCUGUGGGUAUUUACUCUCGUGUGUAUUUUGGGGACAGCAGGAUUGUUCCUGCAACCACUGCUGAUCAGAGAUGAAGUUUAA